AUGACUACUUCCUCCACAACUACAACUCCUACUAGUGGCGCCAUCGUCAAACCUUAUGCUUGUAAUGAAUGCGAACAAACUUUUAGUCGACCUCAUAAUCUAAAAUCUCAUUUGGCAACUCAUUCAAGUAUACGACCUUAUAAAUGUGCAACAUGUAAUCAAAAUUUUCGACGACUUCACGAUUUGAAAAGACAUGAAAAACUUCAUACAGGGGAAAAACCAUAUGUUUGUAAACAUUGUUCAAGAUCAUUUUCUCGUUUGGAUGCUCUUAAUCGUCAUCAAAGG